UUAAAUCAUAUAGUAAUAAAAAUGAAAUUCAACCAUUCUUGCCUCCUCUUGCUCCUGUUAUUUACAUUAACGAUCUGAGCAACUGUUGCAAGCGAUGCUGGCCAAGAAACAGAAGCUACUGAAGAGGACUCACCUAAGUAUAAGUUACUUUUCUUCAGAGAAGAUUGCUUCAAUGAAUUUUUGGACUUGAAUUUCUUCUACAAAGAUUGUAUCUCCAUUACUAUCUCUAAAGGACUUGGAUAUGGAAUCAUCCUUGGUGCGAUGUUGGUCAAGCUGCCACAGAUUUACAAUAUCCUCAAAGCAAGAUCAGGAAGGGGUAUCUUACCAUCAAUGUUCUACAUGGAAUGCUUCAUGUUCAUCAUAAAUGGAUGCUACAACAUCCAUUUAAACUCUCCAUUUAGUGUCUAUGGUGAGAACUUUGCCCUCCUAUUUCAAAACUUCAUUGUUAUUGCCCUGCUCUGGCUGUAUGGAAACAAGACCUCUAAUGUACCAAAAGCUAUCGUAACACUUUCGAUAUUUGGGACUUUUUCUUUCCUCUAUUUUGAUGCUCUUGUCCCAAAUUUCUUAUGGAAAUUGUUCAUGGAUAUUCAAAUUCUAAUGGUGGCAUACUCGAGACUGCCCCAGAUUUUGGAGAACUUCAAGUCUAAGUUCACUGGAGAGCUCUCAAGUAUAAUGUUCUUAGCCAACGCACUAGGAAAUCUGGCCAGAACUUAUACAUUCAUGAAGGAAACCCAGGAUUUGUAUAAUAUGUUUACAAGUGGACUUUCCACUAUAUUAAACUUUACUAUCUUCUGCCAAGUUAUGUAUUACUGGAAGAGCAACCAGAUCUACAAGACUAGGACCGAGCUGAAAGAUAUGGAAAGCCAGUCAGACAACAGUGGAAGGAGCUCAAAUCCUGAAGAAUUUGCUAAGAAAGUCGAAGUUUUGGAUGCAUCUGAAGGAAUACCAUCUCUUUAAUGAUUUAAAUUUAGGACCUUAGGAAUAUGAUAAAUAAAAUUGUUU